AUGAGUACUAGUAUGCAAUGUCAUACAUUGGGAUUGUCUUUGCACCAAUCAUUAUUGUAAAAUCAAACAUAGCUUUAGAUUUAAGAACGAGAAGAUGCUAAUGAUCUUUUGGAAUUGUUUAAGGAAGCCUUGCCUACUUCAAUACUGGUAAUUGACAAACAAACACAUAAGCCUCUCUAUCACACCAAAAAUUUGGAAACUGAAUUUAAAUUUGACAUCCCUCAUUCAGAUGAAUUUAUAAGAUGUCUCCAUUGUUUUUACUCUGAAAACAAAGUCAAAUUAUAAAGUAUCAUUGAUAGUUUCUUCCCUCAGAUAUAUAGUGCUCGUCAAAACUUCAAGAAUCUAUUUUCUGAAAUUAUGGACAAUUGCCAGUAUUUUUCUCAGAGUCCCUUAUUAAAGAAAUUCUCAGAAUAAUUUGAAUAUCCUGAGGAUGAAUUCAAUGAAGAGCGAGAACAUAAAAAUCAGCAUGAAAUUAUUAUUGAAACUCCAAAAAAUCAAUUGUAUUCUAAACCCUCCAUUAUUAUGAGUGAGGAAACCCCUAAAAAUUAAAAAUCUAAAAUAAUAGAAGAACUAUUGAUUAAAAGUUAAAGUUAAAGAACUAUUAGUUUAGUCUAAUUAAAGAAAAGGAGAUUGAAAAUUAGUUUAAAUCAUUGUUUAUGGUUUCGAAAAUAAGCCUUUAUGAUAAUACUCUAGAGCAAAGAGAUCGAUAAAUAGUUGGAUAAUUUAUAAUAGCAAUUAAAUGAAUAAUUAUAAAUAAGUGAAAAUAAAGAUCUCAUUCUAGCAACUGUGUUUCAUGAUUUUAAAACUCCAAUCAAUGGAAUUGUCUCCAUUUUGGAGACCCUUGAUUGUAAAAGUGAAAUUACAUAAAUAGAAAAAUAUUAUCAUAAUAUCAUUAAGAAAAAUGUAUACUUAAUGCUCUAUAUGAUAUAUGAUAUUUAAGAUUAUGCAAGAAUUCAAAAAAAAAAGUUAAGAUUAUGCUUAACUGAUUUUUAUAUCAAUGAAAUAAUUGAUGAGGUUAUUGAGAUGUGUUCAAUUCAAGCAGAAUAAAAGGGAGUUGAAAUUAAAACAUACUAUGAUAUUCCCUCUUAUCAAAUUCGUUCAGAUCCUAAUAGAAUUAAACAAAUAAUAAUGAAUUUUUUAUCAAAUUCAUUGAAAUUUACAGAACAAGGCAGUAUUACUAUCACUGUAUCUUCGCUCAAUACUGAUAAAUCAUAAAAUAUUAAAAGAAGUAAUACCUCUAGGAACAUACAGUAUUAAGUGGGAGAUUAAACAAUUUAAUAAAUUAGAAAAAGCUUACAAGGAAGAUAUUAAUAGAGUUCUGUAAACAAAUUAAUUUAUUCUAUAUCUGUAGAAGAUACUGGUUGCGGAAUACCAGAUAAUAUUAAACCACAACUAUUUAAUUUGUUUGCAACUUUUUCAAAUUAAAAGAUUGAGAAUAAAAGUGGAACUGGUAUUGGGUUGAUGGUGUGUAAAAACUUAGUUGGUCUAUUGGGUCCAUCUGAAUCGAUAGAUCUUUGGAGUGAAUAGAACGUGGGAACUAAAAUGUCGUUUUAGAUUUAUGCAAAAUUGCAAGAUAAUAAUUCUAUUAAAUCUGCUAAUUAUAUCAGUUGUUUUAAGUAGGAGCACUCCUCUUAGCAUCUUAGCAUUUAAUAGCAUGACGAUUCCUUGAAUGGAAAGGAUACACAUUAAGUGAUUGUGAGAUCUUCUCUUCUAAGGAUUUAUACAAAACCUUAGGAGAAAACUGAACUUGACUUAAAUGAACCAUCUUCAGAGGAUGUCGAUCAAACAAAAAGAAGGAAUAUCAUUUAAUUUUAAUCUUUGGGCUAAAAGUUAUUUCUUCAAAAAUCUUUAUAGAAGGAGGAUUCACAAGAAGUCUAAGAUCCAAAGUAAAGGUUAAAAUAAGUGUUGUAAAAUAAAAAGUUCGGAAUUCUAUUAGUGGAUGAUCAAAUUUUCAACUUGAUAGCGUUUAAGACUUUACUUUAAGAUCUGAUAUCCGAUUUGGUAAUUAUUGAAGCCUAUAAUGGAUAACAAGCUAUAAACAAACUCUUAUAAAACCAAAAGAACUUGAAUAUCAAAUACGUGUUUAUGGAUUUAUAUAUGCCCAUUUUAAAUGGAUGGUAAGCAGCAUAAAACAUUAGAACAAUGAUCAAUAAUAGAGAGAUCGAUGAUGUAAAAUUGGUUGCCUUAUCUGGCUUUGAUGACGAGGUUGAGUAGGAAAAAUGUGAAAAGCUUGGAUUUGAUGCUUUUAUACCAAAACCAAUUAAAUUGGAAGUUAUAGCAGAAGUUUUUUUUUAGCUUGAAAAUGAACAUUGA